AUGGGUUGUGUUUGCAGCAAGCAAUUAGGAGUUGUUGGAACAAGGCAUGAAGAUAUUUCCCUUCUUGCUUCUCAAACAUUUUUUAGCGAAGCUGAGGUUGAAGUUUUGCAUGAAAUGUUCAUGAAACUCACUUCGUGUCUCAGCAACGACAAUCUUUUGACCAAAGAAAAGUUUCACUAUAUCUUAAUCAAGGAUACCAAGAGGCGCAGUCUUGCAGCAGACCGGAUUUUCAGAUUAUUCGAUAUGAGAAACGAUGGGACUAUAGAUUUUGGAGAGUUUGUACACUCUCUCAACAUUUUUCAUCCAAACUCAACCCACAGAGAUAAAGCCAUAUUUGCAUUUCGAUUGUACGAUACUCGUCAGACUGGAUUCAUUGAACCGGAAGUGGUGAAAGAGAUGAUAAUAGACGUUCUAGAAGAAUCAGAACUUGUGCUAUCCGAGAGUAUCAUCGACUCUAUCGUAUCAAAGACAUUUGAAGAGGCGGAUUGGAAAAAAGAUGGGAAGAUAGAUUUGGAAGAAUGGGAGAAUUUUGUUGCCACCUAUCCUUUAACGCUCAAGAACAUGACCAUCCCUUUCUUGAAGGAUAUACCAAGGAUUUUCCCAACCCUUUUCUGGUAAAAUCAGAUUAGUUUGUGCCACCCAUUAGGUUUUUCUCUUUAAAAUAAAAAAAACUCACAUAUGUUAGUAUGUAAAAAAAAACAUAUUAAAGUAU